GGAUACCAUAUCUACCUAAAGAUAUGCCUGUGUUAGCAACUGAUAUGCUACAGAUGGACGAAAGUGUGAUGGUGCGAUUGUUGAUAAAAUAUGGCAUUCUGAUGAAAGUUAUUUCAAAGAUAGGAAUGUCCCCUCCCAGUUUAGCUGAUCGACCCAGUAGUGCAUACAUCAUAUGGAGUGACCUCCCAUAUUCUAUUCAGCCUCAAAUACUUGAGCAGAUAUGGCCAAGCUCACAGUCAGAUGUCUUGGAGGUUAGCUAUCACUACAAGUUCCCAAUGAAAAUGCCUCUAGGAUUCUUACAACAUUUCAUUGAAAAGUGCCAAAAGCUGACUCCUAUAUUAGCACUAUGGCAGGAAGGACUGUUCUGUAGAUAUGGGGCUGUGGACAUUCUGUGCUCAACAAGAUCAGAAAAAGAUGGCGAUUUAUUAAGUCUGAGCACACGGCUGUAUAAUACAAGCUCAUCUGAGG